AUGAAAGGCUGUGUCCGUCCAAUGAGCUUCUUCAACGGCAGAGUUCUCUCUCUCAUCUCCUCCUCCUCUUUUCUCCUCCUGUCUCCUCUCCACUUCCUGUUUCCUCUCAACUUCCUGUCUCCUCUCCUCUUCCUGUCUCCUCUCCCAUCUCCUCUCUCCUCCUCUCUCCUCCUCUCUCCUCCUCCUCUCUCCUCCUCCUAUCCUAUCUCCUCUCUCCUCUUCCUGUCUCCCCUCUUUUGA